GAUGGAGCGCACGUCCAAUCAUAACACGGCGGAGGCGGGAAAAGCGCUCUGCCGUACAUGGACGUCCCUUGAACAGAAAACAGCGGAAAAGUUUCCUGCUCGUGAAACUGUCAGAAUGAACGGAACCGCGUAUUCCAACUUUGACAACCAGGAACACACGUUGAAGUUGGGGGAGACGUUCGAGAAGCAUCCGAAGAGCGGCUACCACACGGUGCGGUAUGACUUCAAACCAGCCUCCAUCGAUACAACAUGUGAAGGCGAGCUGGAAGUGGGAAAAGGAGAGCAGGUCACCAUCACUUUACCCAAUUUAGAGGGUUCCAGCACUCCCGUAACGGUCUUCAAGGGGUCCAAGAGGCCGUACAUGAAGGAGUGCAUCCUCAUCGUGAACCACGACACCGGAGAGUACCGGCUGGAGAAACUCAACAGCAACAUAGCCGUGAAGAAGACCAGGGCCGAGGGCAGCAGUAAGGUCCAGUCUCGCCUGGAGCAGCACACCAGCCGCCUUAGCCAGCAGGUGAAGACCACCACCACCCCCCCCACCAGCAGCAGCAGCACCACCACCCCCCCCUGCAGCAGCAGCAGUAACAAGACCUCCACAAGCUCCAAGAGCUCCCCCCCGAAAGAGAAGGCGUCCCCAUUGUCUCCCAUGGACGACAUCGAGAGAGAGCUGAUGGCGGAGGCUCGAGUCAUGGACCAGCUGAGCAGCGGCGACAGCUCCUCCGACUCCAACAGCUCCUCGUCCUCCAGCAGCGAGGACAGCAGCAGCGACUCGGAGGACCAACGCGCUCCUUCUGCUGCUGCACCCGCCGCUCCUCCGCCGCCGGCCAAUCACAGCAUGCCGCUCAUCAGCAGCAGCAGCAGCCGCGACCCGGAGGGCGGAGCAGGACUCCUGAGCACGCUGAAGAACGACCUCCAGCUCAGCGAGUCCGGCAGCGAGAGCGACUGAACACGAGGAACCGUCUCCAUCUGGACACGAGCCUCCCUCUCUGCACAACCCAGUAGAACCGUGUGCAUCUCCCCACCAGCUGCACCGUGGACCUCACCUCCGCCCCCUUGUGGUGCGUCAGUGGGGAAAGCGACCAAUGGGAGGGCGGCGUUGGGCUGGGGGCGCUUGUGCCUUCUCCCGCGUUAGUAAACCUUCUGUUCUUGAGUCUUAAUCGUUAUUGUGAAGUCUCCUUUUUGCUUUCUCAAACCCAACUGCAGGAAGGCCAGACGCGUUUUUCAUUUAAGCUGCUUUUAUUUCAGUUAACACACACAAAGAAGCGGCUGGGAGUCACAAUGUGCCACUGCUGCUUUUUAACGUCUCUGCAGCUCUGAGAUGUUUCCUGUGAGCUUCUUCUACAGCUGAAAUAACCCAUAACAGUUGAAGUGAACCUUAUAUCCUUAACCUUUCUGAAGCAAACUGAGCCUGAGAUCUCUGCCAACACACCAGACCGAAGCAGAGAUUUAACCUCUCACAUCACCAGAGUUCUUCUCCAUCUGUGCAACUUUGGGUGAUCAGAAUUCUGUCCUUUUUUUUUUUAACUAUUUAAAACCAUCACAGGUAAAACUAGUAGUGAAGUUAUAUAGUAGUACGUCAAACAACAUCCCCUCUAAGGCUCUGUGAAUAUUGAUUUAUUAAUUGAAGAUCUCUCUUAUUGUGACGUUUCAGUACUGAAGUGGCUCUGAUUUCUGGUGAAGCAGCACCUUGUAGCUUUAAACCUGCAAUACUUGAAUCAAAUUAUUUAUAUUUACAAAUAUACUCGACCAACGGCGGAUCGCUUAAUAUUUGAUGUAUAAAUAUAUAUAUAAAUAGUAGAGCAACUGGAAGUGCAGGUUUGUCGACUAAGGCUCCAAACCAGCUGCAUGUGGAGGGACUCAGCGUGACGACCAUUUCUUUUAGGCUGAGUAAAAUAAAGAUUUUAAGAAGUU